GGCUGCUAACUUCUCGUCGACGCACCACUUGGCUUCAGUUUGUUUUGGAGUGGAUACGGACAAGCAGCAAAAGACAUGGCUUUCCUUCGUAGAGCGUUUCUGCUGCUGUUUCUUCAGGUCUGCCUGUUGCACAUGAGCGUGUUGGCCAAGGUAGAGCUGUCUAUGAAUGAGACUGUGGAUGUGUACAUCGGUGACAUGGCUGAGAUCCUUUGCCAGUACACCUCUACGAACAGUGACAGCAAGCCCAGAUUUUUGAUCCAGUGGUUUGUGGCUGAACGUGGUGGCUCACGGUCACGGAUCUAUUACGCUGAUGCCAAUCAAGAACUGAUUGAUAGCGGCACAGAUUACACCGACCGCAUUAACGUGGUUACAGACGAGAAUGGAACUCGACUCUCAAUCCAGGACGUCAGACUGUCUGACGAGAGGGAAUUCUACUGCCAUGUUAAUGGGCUGGCUGCUGGGAGCGGGGUGCGCAAGACACACCUCAGAGUAUUUGCUCCUCCAGAUGUUCCAGAGAUUGAGAGUGUCACUACUGGAAUAUCUGUCACUAAAGACACACCAUCUAAGGUUGCAUCAUGUGAGACACGAAACGGCUUCCCUAAACCUAACAUCACCUGGUACAGGGACGGCGAGCCACUGAUGAACGAAUCAGGACGUGUAAACAUAGUGAUCCUGAGCUCUCGGAUGUCCAGUGACCUCUACAGCGUCCAGAGCACUCUGGAAUACAAGGUGGAAAAGGAGGACAAGGAUGCCCGUUUCUCCUGUGAAGUCAGCUUCUUUGUCCCGGACGGUAUCAGGACAAUCGAGUCCCCAAGUGUCAACAUCACUGUCCACUACCCCACCACCAUGGUGGAGCUUUGGAAGGAGUCGCCCCAGGGCUUGGUCAAAGAGGGGGAUACUGUGGAGCUGCGUUGCCAGGGUGAUGGCAACCCCCCACCGCACUUCAUUUUCAACAAAGUAGAAGAGCCUGAUGUGAAUUUCGAGAGCAGUAGGGAUGUAUUGAUCCUGUCAUCAGUGUCACGGAAAGAUAGCGGCACCUACCAAUGUCACCCUCUGAAAGGCGACGGCAUCAUGGAAGUCAAAGGAGAAGUGGAGCUCAAAGUGCAUUAUUUGGAUACAGCUGUUGUGGUACCAAAAGAUGAAGAGUUAAUGCACAAAGGAGAAGAUCUGACUGCAACCUGCAAUGCUCUGUCCUCCCGCUCAACAUCUACUAUCUGGUACAAGGAUGGGAAGGAGGUGGGUCGAGGGAACACGUUCCACCUGCAGAAUGCCACCUAUGAAAGAAGUGGGGUGUAUAAAUGUGAGGUGACGGUCCCCUCCCUGCCUAACCUGAAAACCAACGGUUUUGUUAAAAUCAUCGUCCAAGGUGGUCCUGAACUGGUGGGUUCGGAGGAGGAAGUCCAGCUAGACGAAGUGGAAGGCAGGGUGGUGAACCUGAGCUGUGAGGCUGUGGGCAAUCCACUGCCAAGCAUCUCCUGGAACAUCACUGGCAGCCAGAGCUGGCAUGAAGUGGAUAAAAAAACACAUAAGCACAUGACUCACAGCGUGGUAUCGGUCAAAGUCACCUCGGACAUCACCGCUGAGUGCAACGUUUCCAGUGACAGGGGCUCUGGUGUCAAGAUUUUCAAAAUCAAAGCCAUUCCCAGGGUCACCACAACUGCUCCCUUCACUCCUGAGGGCAGUGGGGUGAUCAUUGUAGUGAUCAUAGUGUGUCUGCUGCUGCUGGCCUUCCUUGGCAGUGUAAUCUACUUCCUGCACAAGAAGGGAAAAAUCCCCUGUGGACGCUCUGGCAAGCAGGAGAUCACCAAAGAGAAGACCACCAAAGAUGAGAUUGUUGUGGAGAUGAAGACCAACACAAAGAAUGAGGAAGCCGUCCUCCUAAAGGCUGUCAACGGAGACAAAAAGGGCCCUAAUGACCAGCCCCUGUGAAGAUGUGCAGCAGACAGCAGGAUAAAUGAAGCUGGCAGUGGGUGUGUGUUGGAACAGCAGAGGCAGGAGACGCUCCCACUGACCUGAUACCUGCAGAGUAACACCACCUCACAGUCUGGACGUUCGACCCACCGUGCUUUGUUCACAGCAGUAUUCAGACGAUCGACACAGAACCGCAACCAUACACGCACAUUACACUCACACACGCACACACGUUAACACACACAGGUAUGUACAUAGAGAUCUGUAUUUUCUUUUGAGUGAAUGUUUUCUUCCAUUCAUUAGUUCCUGUACUACUUCCUGAAACUGUGUUCAGCUCUUGGCUGUUGUUCAGUGUGUAUGAUGGCGUCUUACGUGCAUCAUGUUAUUUUAUUUUUUUGUUUUUAUCAAAGUGUAUAUAUUAUAUAUAUUUUGUUAUUUAAGGAAUUUGGCACUCAGAUUUUCAUUUCAUGGCAGCGUCUGGGUCUUGUGCAUGUUGAUCCGUGUUCAUGGUUCCAGGUGAUGUUUAAGGCAGGACGUGUUGUCAGAGACCAAAUGAUACAGUCAUACUGAGAGGUUUGUCAGUGUGUUUGAAUUUAAGAAAAAGACGAGUAAUUUCAGCCCAAAUCGAUGAUCGUCAGCAGGUUAAUCCCAACACUAAUCCCAACACGAUGCGACACACUGGUAGCUUCUUUGGAAACUGCUGUCAAGCCCGUGUACUGUUUGUAAAUACAUGUUUGUACAGACUUGCUAGUGGUGGCCUUGAACUAUUACUGAAGGUGAAAAGGUCAAAGGUUAGAGAUCUGCUGUGCCUAUGUUUUUGAGAAUGCAUCAUACACUGAAUUUGUUUGUUUGCUGUUUGCUUUGUGUUUCCACUGAGAGCUAGUUGCCUGAAAAGGUGUCCCAGUGUUUUUGCAUGUUUGAGUCCAGACAACACUCAUGCUGCAGAUACUGUUUUCCAGUCUGCUGCAGGCUUUGCGCUUUUUUCCUCCCGCAGGCAGUCACACUUUUUGUUUUUGUAGACUUUGAGAAAUUAUAUGCAAAGACCUGAGAUUUGAACAUUUAGUUUUCUGGUCAAAGGAACAGCAUUGUGCCAGACUGAUUAAAACAAUCUUGGCUUGGCAUGACCAUUAAACUAUCACGAACCUUCAACAAAAAUAAAUUACAGACAUUAAGAUUUCUGUUAUGGACUGCCAAACUAAAGCAAGUGCUUCAGUGCUUUUUUUUUCAAACCUUGAAAUAUCAGUCUACAGUUUGUCAUUUUAUAACAAAGAAUCGAGCACUUUUCUUUUUUUUGGGAGGAGAGCGGCUUGAACAAUCUUCAGCAAACCCAGAAGUCUGAAAACUAAACAUUACUGAUUUUCUGAACAUAUUUGGAAGACUCUUCUCACAGUGUUUAAAAAACAAUAUCCAGAAAUGAUGAGCUGCUUCUCCUCGACUCAUUUGUACAAUGUAAACAAGAAUUUAUGCCUCCAUUCUUCUGUACACAGCAACACGUUGAUUCGUUUCUUAAAAACUAUCUUCAGAGCUUUUUGAAACACCUUCCACGAUUUAUAUUUCAGUAAGUGCUCAACUCUGUUACUCCCAUGUAAUUAUAGUACAUGAGGCAGAAACUGUGGCUAACCUUAAACACUCUGUACAAAUGCAAUCCGGCUGCCUGAUGAGGGAAAACAUGCAAAAAUAUUGGCGCGCUCCUUUUUUUGGCCCAGUGUUGUGAAUAUUGCUCACUGUGUACAUCAUUGUGAAAAAGAUACACUUUGUUGCUGAGAGCGCUACAUUGCCCCGAUGACUUGCAACAUUAACAAAGUAGUGAUGUGUUUUCUGUUAUCUGCUUUUGGUUUGUUUUUGUUUUUUUUGUUCCACAGAGCUGAAGUUGGAAGAAAUAUCCAGGUACAGGUUGUCCUCAGGCAAUAACUGUCAUUAAUGGUUUAGAAAAGCUGCACGAAGCCAUAACACCGACAGUGUCCUGUGUGCAGUGAAACAUUUCUGAUUCUUUGUUUUGUUGCUCUGGAUUUUUUUCACUGGUGGGGAAAAAGUGUUGUGUUCUUUCUUUUUCUCUACAUGUGUGUAAAUUGAGUACUGUACAUGUGAUUCUUUGAGCUUGCAUUUUUUUAUAUUUUUCGCAAGAAA